AUGUCUGCAAGCGAGGACGUUACGCCUGUCAACGGCGACGAGAUGGACAUCAUCGUGCCCGACGCUGCUGACUCCAAGAAGGAGCCCGAAUCCGAAGUGGACUGGAAAGCUCAGCGAGCAGCGGAUGACGAGAACAUCCAGAACCUGCUUGCCAAGGCUGAGGAGGGGCAGGGCAUCGGCAUCAACUUCAACGACGACACUCCCUUCGACCAGACCGACAAGGCUGAUAAUGCCGAAGAUUACGAAGAUAUCAGUGACGAUGACCUUCCGGAGGAGGAGGAAGCGACGGGCGGAACGUCGCUAUCCGUGCCCGGCUUGACGGAUGAUGGAGGAACGAGCAACGACACUGAUGAUCUUUUUGGCGAUGGUCCUUCAUCACCCAUCGAGCCUGUUGCCGACGCCACAUCACCGCGACCGCAUAUCCAUGACCCCGAGGACCCCGAGUCAUAUCGUGACCUCAACUUCAACACCGACCCUUCCUCGCUUGCGACAAACCAGGACCCCGACAUCCCACCUCCUCCCGGCGAUUCUGGCGAGCUUGUGAAACAAACAUGGCCUGCGUUCGAGACCGGUAUCACGUUACGGUGGAACGAGCUACUCCCCCCCAAGAGGGCCUACCGGAAAGAGAAGAAGCCGACCAAGAAACCCACGACUCUGAUCACCAGCAAGCUUACGCUUGAACUCGCGACAGACCAAGAGAAGGCCUUCAGGGUGCCGGGGCCUGCCGCGGCUACACGAAAACAGAGGCUGAUCGCAGCUGAGCUAUCAAACCUGGUGGACUGUUCAGUGCCAGAUCCAGAAGACGAGGAUGGCAAGGAGGACGUGGAAAUCGAUUUCGAGUCAGAUUCGGAGACUGUUGGCGGCUUCACCCUCCAGGAUAUCGACAUGGUUUGCGAUGACUGGGCGGUGCACAUCGAUCACACUGAAAAGGAGUUUGAGACCAAGGUCGCUGCGCAGACUGAAGCCGAGAACGUCACAGGCAACAAGAGGGCUGCAGUCGACGAUGACCAGUCGGACGACGAUUGGGAUGCGCUGUUCUUAAAGGAUGACAACGCUGUACAGCCUCGCAAGAAAGUCCGGAUCCCCCUUCCGGCUGGCUUGCCCGACAUUUCACGUUUCACGGCGCCAUCGUUUGACUUGUUCCAAGAGAUGACGAAGCGUGGCGCGAAACGAGUCGUCCUCGACAUGAACGAUCCUUAUCUGCUGCUUGAAGAAACUGAGUCUCAGCGAGGUCCCAAGCGCCAGCGCACCGAGAAGACGCUCGUCCGUAUGGCGAGUGGGCAAUCGAAGCCUGACAUCUUCCAGCGCUUCAACUUGUCGAAUGACGAAGCGUAUGAGGCCCUUAAGGAGAACCACAAGCACAAGGUCAGAGCGACGCUGGGCAACCUCGGUGUCGAGCACAGCAUGCCUGCCCUGAGACUAGCCUGGCCGUACUACAAGGUCAAACUGGACAUUCGCGGCCAUGGCUAUCACCGACCUAACUUCCGUUUCAACAAACAUGAGAGGCAGACAAUCAAGUUCGACAAGCUUACAUACCACAAGCGGAAAACUAAGAAGGGUAAGGCCCACGAGGUUUUCCAAUCCACCAAGGACUUGGGUAUCACCGACAACUGCACGGCUGUCCUGUUUGAAUACUGUGAGAGAACCCCGCCCGUCCUCUCCAACUUUGGCAUGGGCAACCGUGUGAUCAACUACUACCGCAAAAGACAAGUGGACGAAGAAGAAGUGCCCCCAAAGAUGGAUGUUGGCGAAUCUCACGUACUGCAUCCAGAGGAUAGGUCACCGUUUGCCAUCUUUGGUGAGGUCAAGGCUGGCCAGACCAUGCCCACGUUGCACAACCAAAUGUACAGGGCGCCAAUCUUCAAACACCAGCCGCGGUCCACCGAUUUUCUCUGUGUUCGCAGCUCGACUGGCGUGGAAGGCUCAAAGUGGUACCUUCACAACAUUGACCAUCUCUACGUCGUCGGUCAAACAUUCCCAUCCGUGGAAGUCCCUGGCCCCCACAGCAGGAAGGUCACGAACGCGUCAAAGAACAGGAUCAAGAUGAUGUCGUACCGCAUGAUGAGACGCAGUCCCCACAGUGUGGUCAAUCUGGCGGACAUUACAAAACACAUUGCCGAAUCGACGGAUGCUCAGAACCGACAAAAGUUGAAGGAAUUCCUCGUCUAUGCGAAGAUGGACAAGGGACAGUGGAAGCUGAAGCCUGGCGAGACGCUCAUGGACGAGGCCGGUAUUCGUGCGAUGGUCAAGCCUGAGGACGUGUGUCUUAUUGAUGGCAUGCAGCUGGGCAUGCAGAUUCUGGAAGACGCCGGAUUCGACCCCAACAACGUCAACCUCGACGAAGAUAACGAUGACGUUGAAGACGAGGAUGAUGAUCGUACUGCCAAGGGUGGAAAGAAGGCUGCCGACAAGAAUGAAGACAAGUUGGCCGAUAAGAUGGCCCCUUGGAAGACAAGCAAGGCCUUCAUCGAUGCUUGUGCCGGCAAGGCGAUGCUCAAGCUGCACGGAGAGGGUGACCCUACCGGCCAUGGCCUUGGCUUCAGCUUCAUCCGAACGUCGAUGAAGGGAGGCUACAUUGAGACGGUCCAGAAAGGUGGAUCGCACACGACGGCGGCUGACGCCAUGGCAGCACACCCGGACGCCAUGCGCAAAGCUUACAACGGACAUGCCUACAAUGUCAAGGAGCAAGAGGUCAUGUACAAGAAGGGCAUCCAUGAAAUUUGGGAGAAGCAGAAGGCCAGUCUCGGCGAUGGUUCCGAGAAGGACGAUAGCCUUGUUGUCCCCCCUCCAGCCGAUGAGGACGAUCGCUUCAACACGCACGUGUCGCAAACGCCUGCGCAUGUGGACGAGGGCGCCAGUCAAAUUACCGGAUUGACGUCCAACAGCCGCACCCACCACAAGCGCCUCAAGAUCACCCGGGACGUCAAGGGUGAAGACGGCACCAUUGAGCAGCGUGUUGUGAUUCUCGACGACCCUGUCAUUAUCGAUCGGUACAUCAAGCGCCGCAGAGAGAAGGAACUCGAUGAGUUGAACAUCUACGAAGGACACCCAACCGGACACCAUGUGGAAGACCGCCGCACGUUGGCUGAGUCGCGCAAGCCCUCUGCGCGUGAAGACCUGCCUCCUCCCUGGAACACGAAGCCCUUCAAGUUUCCGUGCAAGGUCCUGCAGCGCUCCCUCGACAAGAUGAAAAGACAAACCGUGGCCACUCGAGCGGCGGCCAACGCGAAACGUCUGGAAGAAGCGAAACAGGCGGUCGCCGCAGCCACUGCGCGGCUCAAGCUCGCAUCGCAGAAGCCGGCAAAACCUGCCCCGCCUGCCCCGGGCUUGGCUCGGACGAAGUCAAAGCCACCGUCAAAAGUGGGCGGGCUCAAGAACACCAUGACUCUUGACCGGCAGCCCAAGCGCCAACGACCAUCGGAACCCCCGAUGGAGCCUGCGUCGAGCAAGAGGCACAAACACAGAAACAAGCAUUAA